AUGAUUUUGCAUUUCUUUGCAGGAACCACACAUGAGAUAUUCCAGGUGCAACAAGCUGAGAUGACACAGACUGUAUCAGUUGGAGAGACAAUCACCUUGAGUUGCAGUGUACCAGAUUCAUUCCCAAAAGGACCCGUCUUAUGGUUCAAGGGAAAUGGGCCAAACCGGGAAUUAAUCUACAAUUUCAAAGAAGGUUUCUUUCCCAGAGUAAAAGAAAUUGGACACCCCACCAAAGUUGGCAACACAGACUUUUCCAUCCGCAUCAGUGAAAUCUCUCUUGCAGACGCCGGCACUUACUACUGUGUGAAGUUCAAGGAGGGGAAACCUAACACGGAGUUCCAGUCAGGUCCGGGCACCAAGGUGUUUGUGACUAGUGAGUUUGUCUCCUCCACCCCCUAUUAUGGGCUAUCAUUUCAGUUAACCAGUCCUCUACCCACUGAAUUACUAGAUUAG